AUGUGCGGAGGUGUGAAAAUUCCAGAUAAGUAUGUCGGGGAAUGUUGUCAAGAAUAUAAUCACAGAUUAUAUAGAUAUUGCAAUAAUGGAAGUGGAAUACCAUCUGCUGGUUAUGUUCUACUUGUUGAUGCCUUGAAUACACAACUUUGUUCUGGUAGUACAGCAGCAUAUGCAUCAUCAUGUUUAAUGGAUGAAGAAACAGAUAGGUAA